CUCAAGUUUUCUACAAAUAUAGAACAUGUCCAGGGUUAAAAACAAACUUUCCUCGGGUCAUUAUUAUUUGUUAUUUUUUAUCCGUUUUUUUUCUUUCUUACCGGACAUAAUAUUUUUUUAUCCUUCAGAAACAAUGGCUGGGUAUGACAGAGCUAUCACUGUGUUUUCUCCAGAUGGUCACCUCUUCCAGGUUGAAUAUGCUCAAGAAGCGGUGAAGAAGGGAAGUACUGCUGUUGGUGUGAGAGGAAAGAAUGUUGUUGUUCUAGGAGUUGAGAAGAAAGCUGUUGCCAAACUUCAGGAGGAUAGAACAGUACGAAAGAUCUGUCAGCUGGAUGAACAUGUUCUCAUGGCGUUUGCUGGACUUACUGCUGAUGCUAGGGUGCUGAUAAAACAGGCCCGGACUGAAUGUCAAUCCCACAGAUUAACUGUUGAAGACCCUGUCACUCUGGAGUAUAUAACCAGAUAUAUCGCCUCCCUUAAACAGCGAUACACACAAUCCAAUGGAAGACGACCUUUUGGUAUCUCAUGUCUGAUCACCGGAUUUGACUACGACAAAACCCCUCGGCUCUACCAGACGGAUCCAAGUGGAACCUACCAUGAAUGGAAAGCCAACGCUAUCGGCAGGAACGCUAAAACUGUUCGUGAGUUCUUGGAGAAGAACUAUUCUGCUGAGAAUGUUGAGAGCGAGGAGUUGACCGUCAAGUUGGCAAUCAAGGCCCUACUGGAGGUUGUACAGAGUGGGGGGAAGAACCUCGAGGUUGCCGUUAUGAGAGAAGAAACUGGACUCCAGAUGUUGGACGUAGCUGAGAUAGAGAGGGUGGUGAAGAUAGUUGAGAAGGAGAAGGAGGAGGAAGCCAGCAAGAAGAAGGACAAGAAGGAGGACAAGUAGAGAAACCAGUGGAUCAUCAUAAAAUACAUUUUAAUCAUAAACUGAUUCAAAAUGAAACUUUUCCCCAAUAUUUCCAUGUUUUAAUAUUUCAGAAA